AUGUGUGAAGAAGAGACCACCGCGCUCGUGUGUGACAAUGGCUCUGGCCUGUGCAAAGCUGGCUUCGCAGGAGAUGACGCCCCCCGCGCCGUCUUUCCUUCCAUUGUGGGCCGCCCUCGUCACCAGGGUGUGAUGGUGGGAAUGGGCCAGAAAGACAGCUAUGUUGGGGAUGAAGCUCAGAGCAAGCGCGGGAUCCUUACUCUCAAAUACCCCAUUGAACACGGCAUCAUCACUAACUGGGAUGACAUGGAGAAGAUCUGGCACCACUCCUUCUACAAUGAGCUGCGGGUAGCCCCCGAGGAACACCCCACCCUGCUCACGGAGGCCCCUCUGAAUCCCAAGGCCAACAGGGAGAAGAUGACCCAGAUCAUGUUUGAAACCUUCAACGUCCCCGCCAUGUAUGUCGCCAUUCAAGCUGUGCUCUCCCUCUAUGCUUCUGGCCGCACAACCGGCAUCGUUCUGGAUUCAGGGGACGGUGUCACCCACAAUGUUCCUAUCUAUGAGGGCUAUGCGCUGCCUCAUGCCAUCAUGCGCCUUGACCUGGCUGGCCGAGACCUCACGGACUACCUCAUGAAGAUCCUCACAGAGAGAGGCUAUUCCUUUGUGACCACAGCCGAGCGAGAAAUUGUGCGAGAUAUCAAGGAAAAGCUGUGUUAUGUGGCCCUGGACUUCGAGAAUGAGAUGGCCACGGCAGCCUCCUCUUCCUCCCUGGAGAAGAGCUACGAGCUGCCAGAUGGGCAGGUCAUCACCAUCGGCAAUGAGCGCUUCCGCUGCCCGGAGACCCUCUUCCAGCCCUCGUUCAUUGGCAUGGAGUCAGCUGGAAUUCAUGAAACAACCUACAAUUCCAUCAUGAAAUGUGACAUUGACAUCCGCAAGGAUUUAUACGCCAACAAUGUCCUCUCCGGGGGUACCACCAUGUACCCCGGCAUUGCCGACAGAAUGCAGAAGGAGAUCACAGCCCUGGCCCCCAGUACCAUGAAGAUCAAGAUUAUUGCUCCCCCAGAGCGGAAGUACUCGGUCUGGAUCGGAGGCUCCAUCCUGGCCUCUCUCUCCACCUUCCAGCAGAUGUGGAUCAGCAAGCCAGAGUAUGAUGAAGCAGGGCCCUCCAUUGUCCACAGGAAGUGCUUCUAA